CUAACGGUGCUACUGUGAGAAGAGGAGUCGGAUGGUUUGUGGCUUUCUAAAGUCCUCUAGUACUUGUGAUUAAAGCCCAGGCAAAACUCUCUUCCCAGGCUGUCUCUCCCAUUCGAAUGGCUCUUGAAAGCUGAGCUGCGGCCUUCCUGGUGAGAAUGGAUCCAACCUCGCUGCUUCCACUUGUUCUUACCCCGGACCCGCGCGGGUUUAACCAAGGGGCAGCAGAGCCCGGCGAGCUUCCUGUGGAUCCCUGCAGCCUCCUUUCUGAAAGACACUAUGAGGUGGUGCCUUGUGUGAUCUGCGCUCUCUGCUGUGUUUUUGGCGUGGUUUACUGCUGUUUUGGUUAUCGCUGCUUCAAAGCCAUCAUGUUCCUCUCGGGCCUGCUCUUUGGCUCAGCUGUGAUCUUCCUGCUUUGCUACAAGGAACGCAUCUUGGACACGCAGCUGAGCCUGGAGGUGAGCGCCGGCAUUGCCCUGGGCAUCGGAGUCCUGUGCGGCCUCGUCACCAUGCUGGUGCACUCAGUUGGACUGUUCCUGACGGGGCUUCUGCUUGGCAUGCUGGUGGCCACAGCUGGGCUGGUGGCUACCGAGCCCCUGUACGCACUGCCCAGCGCGUGGGUCCCUGCCGGAUCUCUUCUGGGCUCGGCACUCCUGGGCGCGGUGAUGGCCUUGCGCUGGCAGAAGGCCCUCACGGUGAUCUCCACAGCCGUGUUCGGGGGCGCCGUGCUCACCCUCUGCUUGGACUAUGCGGUUGAGAACCUGGCCCUGGGCCGCCACAUCUAUGAGCGCCUCCGCCUGGCACCGCCUUCCCCGUUCUGCUGGUGCGGCUGGGCCGUGCUGGCCACCUGGCCUGUCCUCGCCCUGAUGGGGGUGCUGCUGCAGUGGAAGGUGACCGCCGAAGGCUUCUCCCACACUGAUGUGAUCCUGAAUCGGCGCCAGAAACAGCUGCAGCUGUUACGGAUCCGGCAGCGUGAAGCCAAGAAGAGGCAGAGCCAGGCUCCCCAGGAGGGCUCGUACCGGCACAAGCCCAGCGCUGUCAAGCGCUGUGCAGGAGAUGUCCUUGCGCCAAGUUACAUCCAGAGCCUGCGUGACCGCCAGCAGCUGAGAAGUGGCACCUCCUUGAGCAACCUGAGCAGCAGUGCUCACACCGCUGUGGACCUGGACUACGACUGUGGCUCCACCGUCCCCCUCACCACGCCCCGCGGGUGCCUCUGA